AUGGUACACUAUGGCUCCAACAGCACAACCCGUCUUCACGAAACCAAAGCCGACAAACAAAGGGAUAACCAACUCGUCGCAAUCAAAGUCUACAGACGCUCCAUCCUGAGAGGUCCCCAAAGCUCUCCCCAUGCAACAGCCCUCCAUCCAAACCACCCAAACAUCCUCCCAAUCCUAGACAUUCUCCACAACGAACGCGACGAGCUCUGUCUAGUCAUGCCCUACUGCGCUGGCGGCGACCUAAACACCCUCUUAUCCCGCAAAGGCGCCCUCCCAAUCCAAGAAGCAGACUGUAUAAUAACCCAGCUCCUGCGCGCCCUUGCCUACCUACACGACCAUAGUCUGGCACACCGCGACGUCCGUCUCGAGACAGUCCUCCUCACUGCCAGCGGAGCCGUAAAGCUCGCUGGGUUUGGCGACGGACAUAUCCGACGAAUAUGGGAGGAGACCAGCGGUGGGAAAGGAAUGCUUCCCCCGCGGCCCCGGCCUGCACAAUCUUCAUGGUCGUUCACACUACCGUGGCCGUUGAAUUCCUUGUGUCGCCAAAGUUCGGAGUCUGGCAGUGACAGUAAGCCUGUCAUUGCGAAUUCGCCCACCGCUUCAUUCGUGGGUAUGAGACUCCCUUAUAUACCUCCGGAAGAAUUCAAACUUCAUUUCCAAUCCCACAUGCAUCGUGAUGAUAGACAAGAUGAUGUUGAUGAGUGUGAUUCUCGUCCUGCGGAUGUUUGGGCCUCUGCUAUGCUUUAUAUGGCGCUCAUCACAGACCGGAUGUUAUGGCGCAGUGCGCGUCCCAAUCAUGAGGAUUCGCGUUAUCUGGAUUACCUUGAUGCUCGGACUGGAGUGGAUGGAUACCCGCCAAUUGAGACUUUGGGGCAGGUACGUCAUAUUAUAUCUUUUGGGCCCGGAAGACAAGUCACUGAUAGAUGGUAUCUAGAGACGACGCAACGCUAUAUAUGCAAUGCUGCAUCCCUAUUCUUGGAAACGUAUUACAACUGCGACGUUGCUGCGAUCAGAAUGGAUAAGUAG